AUGAAAAGCAAAAGAAGUCUCAGCAGAAAGAGAAAAAGUGGGAGUUUUAGAUGCUGUUCAAGACUGAACGUGACGAAGAGAAACAGUGGGAUUAGGGUGAGUUAUAGGAAUAUGAAAAUGGUGUCGGAGGAGUCUGUUGCUACGCCGCCGCCUCACCGCCGCUCUCCUGCCACCACCCCUAAGUUCUUUAACUCUUUUGCUAACCGCAUUUUCUCGGACGUUGCUUGUGAUAUUACAAUAGUUGUCGAUGGAGAAUCGUUUCUACUACACAAGUUUCCCCUGGUUUCUCUAAGUGGAAAGAUCCGAAAGCUGGUGGCAAACGCAAAAGACUCGACUCUGUCAAGACUGGAACUCUCUAACUUGCCAGGAGGACCUCAAACAUUUGAACUUGCAGCUAAGUUUUGUUAUGGAAUGAAUUUCGAGAUCACAACUGCAAAUGUUGCACAACUCCGGUGCACUGCAGAGUACUUGGAAAUGACUGAAGAUUAUCGUGAAGAAAACCUUAUUUCCCGUACAGAAUCUUAUCUGAAUGAGGUUGUUUACCAAAGUAUUGAAAAAUCCGUGGAGGUUUUAUCUGUCUGCGAGAACUUGCUACCCAUUUCUGAGGAAGUAGGGAUUCCUGACAUCUGUAUCAAUGCUAUUGCGAGGAAUGCUUGUAAAGAGCAGUUGGUAUCGGGUUUGUCUCGUUUAGAUUGUAACAGUGGACUGUUAGAACUCAAAGAUAGAUGCAUCAAGUGGUGGAUCGAAGAUCUCUCAGUAUUGAGGAUUGAUUUUUAUCGUAGAGUGAUCUGUGCCCUAGGACAUACCGGUGUUCGAACAGAUAGUAUUAUUGCAUCUUUGAUGCAUUAUGCUCAAAUAUUUCUGAAGGGUAUUGGGAAACCCCAAAUUUGGAAUCCGGCAAGGACAAAUACUAGCGCAAUCGAAAAUGGCCAGAAGACUAUUGUUGAAACUCUUGUAACUCUACUACCUACAGAGAAGAGUACAUCUAUUCCACUAAAUUUUUUAUUUGGGAUGUUGAGAGUUGCAAUCAUGGUGGAUACUACCUUAGCCUGCAGGCUCGAGCUUGAAAGGCGGAUUGCUUGUCGACUUGAAAUGGCUCUACUCGAUGAUCUCCUUGUACCGUCAGUUCAGACAGGUGGCUCAUUAUUUGACGUUGACACUAUCCAUCGGAUUCUGGUGCACUUCCUGCAACGUGUGGAAGAGGAAGAGAAUGAAGAAUAUGGAUAUGAAUCAGAAGACAUAAAUUCUUCGAGUCAUGGGUCAAUGUUGAAAGUUGGACGCCUUGUUGAUGCAUAUUUAGCUGAAAUUGCUCCGGAUCCUUAUUUGAGUCUUCAAAAGUUCAUCGACGUGAUUGAGGUACUGCCUGAAUAUGCCCGUGUUAUAGACGAUGGACUAUACAGAGCUAUUGACAUUUAUUUGAAGGCCCAUACCAUGCUGAAUGAAUCCGAGUGUAAGAAGCUAUGCAAGUUCAUAGACUGUCAAAAGCUCUCUCAAGAAGCCUGUAAUCACGCUGCACAGAAUGAUCGUCUUCCAGUCCACAUGAUUGUCCGAGUUCUCUAUUCCGAGCAGCUCCGUUUGAAGAAUGCAUUGUCGGGUAAUUCUGGAGAUGGAUUAUUAUCACAAAAAAUUAGCAGUGGGGUUCCAAGUGCAGCCAUGUCACCCCGUGAUACUUAUGCUUCAUUGAGGAGAGAAAAUAGAGAACUGAAGCUUGAGAUAUCAAGAAUGCGAGUAAGGCUUAGUGAUCUCGAGAAGGAACAAGUGGUUAUGAAACAAGGGAUGAUGGAUAAGUCGAACCAUGGAAGGACUUUGCUAACUUCCAUAUCGAAGGGGAUUGGGAGAAUCGGUAUAUUUGGAGGACAAGCUGGCAGAAAACAACACAAGUCUGGGAGGAAGUCGAGGGCACCAGAAGGAAAAACCGGCAGGAGUAGGAGGUAUUCUGUUUCCUAA